AUCCCUCUAUCCCUCUAUAUCGUCCAUGCUCGUGGGUCGGAGAUUGAAGAUCAAUGGUUCCGACCUUUCUACUUUUAUGUUUCUCCGCUUGUCGGCUCGCGCAGCUAUCGCGUUUCGGAGUUGCAGUUCUACUUCUGAACUCGGUUCCCCUUUCCAUCUUCUCCAUCUUCUCCAAUUGUCGUCUAAUCAUCGGUCUCUGCGGUUCGUCAGACAGUGCCAUGCUCGCACUACUUCUUCCGGGUUGACCCAGAACCCGUUUUUGGCUACGAAGCUACUCUCGGCCUACGCCGUAGCUGGUGAAUGUGGCCACAUGAUCGAGUCGCAACUUGUUUUUGAUUCGGCUCGAGAGAAAUCAGUUUUUCUUUGGAACUCGUUGAUUAAUGGGUAUGUGAAGAACUGUUUUUACAGUAGCGCUUUGGGAAUUUUUGAUCAAAUGUGCAAUGUGUUCUGUCUUCUGCCGGAUGAUUUUACUCUAGCGACGGUAUCGAAAGCUUGCGCCGAGUUAGGAGACUUGAGAACUGGGAGAAUGGUUCAUUCGAAAAGCAUACAACUCGGCUUUAUCUCAGACAUGAUUGUGGCCAACUCCCUAUUGGCCAUGUAUUCUAAUGGUGGACAAUUCGGUGAGACACGGAAAGUGUUCGAUGAAAUGCCCAACAGAAACGCGGGUUCUUGGAAUGUGCUGAUCUCGAGUUAUGCCAAUUUAUCAAGUUGUAAUUCCGACAAGGACUUAUGGGGAAUUAUCAGGAUGAUGCACAUUGAUGGAGUGAAACCUGAUGCAUACACUCUUUCCACUCUUUUGCCUUUGUGUAAUGACAAUGACCAGAAGUGGGAUUAUGGAAGGGAGAUUCAUUGCUACGCAGUGAAGAACGGACUGGAUUUUUUCGUGGGAUCAGAUGUUCAUCUGCAUUGUUGCUUGAUACAUAUGUACUCGAAGAACAAGAGACUAGCGGUUGCUAGAAGGGUUUUUGAUCGUGUAAGGUGCAAAAAUGUGUACAUUUGGACUGCAAUUAUCAGUGGGUACGUACAGAACGAAGAUUUUGAAGGUGCAUUGUCUCUUUUUCUUGAAAUGCAAGUUAGGGAUGGGAUCAAACCAAACAAAGUGUCCCUUGUGAGUUUACUUCCUGCUUGCAGCACACUUGCCGGACUUUUUGCCGGGAAACAAAUUCAUGGUUUUGCCAUCAGGAAUGAAAUCGAGAGCGACACACCAUUGUGCAAUGCUUUGAUUGAUAUGUACGCUAAAUGCGGUUGUUUAGCUUAUGCAAGACGAAUUUUUUAUGACAAUUCAUUCAUGAGAGAUACAAUAUCUUGGAGUACAAUGGUUUCAGGAUAUGGAUUACACGGGAUGGCCAAGGAAGCUAUUGCUUUGUUUUAUGAGAUGCUUAAGCUUGGGCAUGAGCCAGAUAUGGUAACCGUUGUCAGUGUCCUUUCAGCUUGUGGUAAGUCAGGUCUGACAAACGAUGGCCUUGCAAUAUACAAUCUGGUAACAAACAGUUACGGGGUUAGGGCUACACCCGAAAUGUGUUCUUGUCUUGUGGACAUUUUAGGCAAAUCAGGGCGGCUUGAUGAAGCAUUGGAGUUUAUAAGGGGAAUGCCUGUGGAAGCUGGACCAAGCGUCUGGGGAGCUUUUAUGAGCGCAUCUGUGCUACAUGGGAAUGUUGAGAUGCAAGAACUGGCUUACAGGAUCCUCCUUGAGUUAGAACCCGAUAACCCUUCGAAUUAUGUCUCUCUCUCAAACUUAUAUGCUUCUUUAAAGAGAUGGGAUAUGGUGUCUAAACUGAGAACGACGAUGAAACAACGAGAAAUCAUAAAGACUCCCGGUUGUAGUUGGAUCAGUGUGAACGGCAGGACACAUUAUUUUUUGGUAUCGGAUAAAGAGCAUCUGUGUUCUCAUUGGGUGUAUGAGAUGCUCGAUAAUCUUGUAUCGACAAUGACAGGAACUGGGUGUUCUCAGGAAAUGGAGAAUCUGGCAGACUGUUAGGCGAGAAGCGGAUAUUGUAAACUUCAUCUGAAUUGGUUCAAUUAUAUUACACCUUCGGAACAUAAGCAAUGCAGCUCAAAGACACAAGAGCUGGAAGAGACUGUAUGAGAGUCCCUAAAGGCAGUUUCGAGUAGUUUAACGGAUGCUAUCCCGAUCAGAGACGCUGACCCGACUCCCAGGAAUCUGCUGACUAU